AUGGUCUUUGAUGCUAUUAUGGCUGGUCUUGGCCUUGCUUCUCCACCUAUCAUGGCUCUUCUCUACAUUCUUGAUGAUGAAGUUGUGAAGGUGUCGUCUCAUGCUCGUGCCAUUAGAGAUGUUGAAGAUGAGGAGCUUCACGGCUUCUUCCAUGAAAUGUCAGCUUGGCAGAAUUGGUACCAUCUGAGCCCUUCUUGUGUUCUAUAUUUAGUUUAUCGUGCACUAGCUGAUAUUUUCCUAAGAGGCACAGAUCUCUUCUCAGAUUCUCGUGGAAAGCUCGCUUUGACCGGAAUUUUGCCUCCGUUUGUACCGUUUGCUCAAGCAUGUGCAGCCACUAUCACUGCUGCUCUCACCGGUUCUCUAUAUUACAUCGCUGCUUCCCCUAAAAGAUCCUCUCCUCUUCUCGAAGGGCUCUUGGGUCUAUUCCUCGGCUUUGAAUGGAUUCAGGUACCAUUACUACUCUUCUUAACCCAUUUCUACGACUUGCUGAGUAACAAAUCACUGAAAGCAAACUCAAUAACAUUGCAGAAAAACAAUCUUCUUGCUCCUAUCAUCACACAUGGCAUAUACUCAGCUGUUGCAUUGGGUAAUGGAAGCUUCACCAUCACCAGCAACGACUGCGACUAA